AUGGAUCCCGCCGACGCCUCUUCAUCCAGUCAAAAACAAGAACAAUUAGAAAAUAACGUGGAGGCGUCCAAACUUGACCGCGCGCUCGAUGAACUCGCACUUAAACAGGCAAACGUGCAAGCGUUGGAAACGAAAAUGCGCGAGAUGGAAAAGCAACACGUGGAGGAUUUAGAAAAAAAUGAGCGAGAGCACGCGUUGAAAGCCGAAGAAACCGUGCUCGCCGAACGCGCUAAACGCGUCAAACAACUCGACGAAGAGCGCGUUAGAUUUGGAGCGUUAAAAACUGUUCUUUCCAGUCGUAGGAAGGCGCUCGAAGAAGCUAAGAUUGCGCACGAAAUCGUCGCUGGCGUUUCGAAACUUUCUGAGAAGAUUGAAAAAGGAGAAUCGUUUGCGCGCGAGAUGCGCGUGUUGAAGAAAGUUGCCGAAAACGACGACGUGUUGCGAGCACUUUUGUCUGUAACGGAGAAGACUUUGGAUAGACUAGCGUCAAAAGACGUCCCAACAGUCGCGCAGCUCCGAGACGCUUUGGAGAAACAAGUGAAAAGAGAUGCCCGGCGCGUGUACUUGAUUCCCAAAGAAGGCGGAGGUAUGCUUGCUCACGCGGUAGCCUCGCUCGCCUCGCUCAUCAAAGUUGAAGAAGUAGUAGGAAAAGAUAAUAACACCUCUCUCGAAGCUGCCAUAUCAAAAGUAGAAAUGUUAUUGCGAGACGAUCGUGACUCCGUCGGAGAUGCUGCUCGAAUUCUUCUCAAAGCGAGCGAAUAUUCAAAGGCAAAAGACGUCGUCCAAUCCUGGGCGACGAGCGCCAUGGAACGUGAGGAGAUUGAUUUUAUUCUUAGAUCUUUAAUAGCGCACGCGAACGCAAAGUCGAGUGGUGUUUGA